AUGAAGAUCUUCCAGCAAAGUACCGAGUUCGACUACUCAUGGGAGGAGGUCAGCACAAGCAACUGGCGGAAAUAUGGUCCCUGGAAUGAGAGCUGCAAGCACGUUAUCGCGGUCGACACCUUAUCACGGACUGUCGACCCAGUCACCGGCAUCCUCCGGACAGAGCGCCUCAUCACCUGCAAGCAAUCCGCGCCCAAGUUUGUCACUGCUAUCCUCGGCGGCCAGGAUACAUCCCUCGUCUACGAGACCUCCUACGUCGACGCAUCCCAGCGCAGCGUCACCCUCUGCUCCAUGAACCUGACCUGGUCCGACCUUCUCAACGUCCGCGAAACAUGCACAUACUCGCCCUCGUCGUCGCACCCGGCCGCAAAGACAAAGUUCCAGCAGCGCGCCGAGAUUACCGCGUUAUGCGGCGGAUGGGCCAAGAUCAAGAACAAGCUCGAGGAAGUCACGGUGGAGCGGUUCCAGCAGAAUGCGCAGAGGGGAAAGGAGGGCUUCGAGAUGGUGCUUGAGAUGAGCCGGCGGGCGUUCCAGGAGCAGAAGAGUCCGAUUCUGCGGGAGGCGAAGAUAUAA